AUGGAGGAAAGCGAUGAUCCCGUCGUUCUGCUUCGUCAAAUGCAAAAGAGCUAUAAUGAAAAGGAAGCGCAAAGCGAUGGACAGGUACCACCGGCCUCUCCACGGCGAUACGGUAAGUGUAUAAUUGAAAUGGACCUUAACUCUUCAGCGAUGGAGACGUCAACUCAUCAAGUUCUAAAGACAGUCGAAAAUGAUCCAAAGGAAACACCGGAGUCCGGUGCGGAUUCCUCUUCAGACCAUACCACUUUCGGUAGCGGGCCGCAUCAAAACAACGAGGAGGGAUCGGAAAAAAAAACAGCGGCCACGCGUAAUCUCUUCAUUGAGAGGCUAAAACAAAUGGAAGCUAAAAGACACCUUCCCUCGUUCCCAACAUACGAUGCGGCCACCGAGGCUCGCCGACAAAAAAUCCAGCAGAAGGUUCGAGAGGAACGCAAACGGAUGCUCGUCUUCCGAAAUGUGGGGAUGGAAUUAGACAAACCUAUCCUCUCGCGCGACGUGUUUUUGAUAUUCAAAUACUUCUACUAUGGCGCUGAGUUCGCCAUCGAUAAUGAGUUAGAGCGAAUGUUGCGUUAUUUCAAUGAGAACGCCUUAAAUGAGCUAAAGAUUAUCGAGGACAGUAAACUUAUGCGCGGCCCGUCGACGCUAUCGCGGCCACAAAAAAAAGGACUCACACCUCUAUCCUCAGUCUUUUCAAAACCAAACAACUGCGUGAGUGAGGAAAAUGCCGCAUGGGCAUUCGAUCCGAAGUCUGCCCAACCUCAUGUAAUCAACUAUGCAAAGAUUGAUAACGGUCCUGGUGCUUACCCCGCUAAGGCGAGUAAUGCAGAGUUACUUCCGUCGCAGCCGAUCUUUCCGAGGGUCUUGUGCGCGAACAUGAACCAGUUCUGCCAGAACUUUGACGCCGAGGUCUGCCAAGUGCUGCUCAACACCCUCCGGCCGAGCCUCUCGCAAUCCUUAUUUAGUGGAUUCUUUCCGAUUACCGACGCCGCCACCACGGCGCGCGACGUGCCGAAGAGUUUUUCAGAAAAAGACUCGUCGUUGUUCACCGCGCUCUCCGCGAAGUCCUUCCGCCGGCCCGCGCUCGUGAUUUAUUCACAGCUCGGGCAGAAGUUCGGCUCGAUUGCCGACCUGAUGUGGAGGCGCCUGGCCUACCACACGAUUUGCCCAGCCCUUCUGGCGUACAUCCCGAAGAUCGAGGAGCCAAACACGAACACCGCGAAGGGUUCUCCCGAAUGGAAAUCUUCUCCUCCUCAUUCCACAACAACAACACACCGUAGGAUGUCCAUCGACGUUGUAUCCCUGCGUAGCAUGGACUUAUACACAUAUAAGUGGGUGCACAGUCUCUACGUACGGAGCUUUGCACGAUCUCUGUCGUUGAAUAAACAAACAAACGAAAGGACUAAGGAAACGAAAGGCCUGGACACGAAAAGAGAUCAUCACAAAGAAGCAACAAUAAUAAACAAUGCACUGCUGGCAUCCACAACCUUUGUGGGGAGUAAGAUACUGGAGCCGUUUAAUUCGUCCUUGGGUUUGCGCAAUUAUCUAUGCCCUUAUGCAAUGCUGGUAGACCAUGAAGGGGUUGUGCGAUGGAUAGGUGGAGGCUGUCCAGACGCCUAUGAGGCUACUCACUUUCCUGGCUUAUUAAAACAGCUUGAAAAUGAAUAUUUCAAGAAGAAUAGUUUCAGCUAG